AGGUAAUUUUAACACAUGAAUGUUUUUCCAGGAAUUAUUGUUGAUGACGUUCUCGCUCCUAACAGAGCAAAGGAUGGAUCCCUGUACCGCAUCGACCCUGACGGCACCACAAACAAAGUGGCGUCGGGCAUCGUUUGCUCCAACGGGCUUUGUUGGGACCUCAAGGAGAAAGCCUUCUAUUACAUAGACUCUUUGACCUUCACUGUCCAAAGAUUUGACUACGACGUUGAGACUGGAAACAUCUCGAAUCCUACAGUUGCGUUUUCAUUUGAAAAACAUGGAUUGACGAGCUCUCCAGACGGCAUGACCAUCGAUACCGACGGGAACCUGUGGGUCGCUGCUUUCUGGGAAACAGGUAUGCUGAAAAUAGAUCCAAGACAAAAUAAGGUUGUGGAAAAGAUCCCCCUCCCAGUGGCGCAGGUGGCGUCGGCGACCUUUGGAGGUCCAAACCUGGACGUGUUAUACGUGACCACUGCGAGCUUAGCCUUGGAAGGCAGACCGGAACAGCAUCCCCCGGCGGGGUCAACGUACGCCAUCACAGGGAUGAACGCGAGGGGUUAUCCUAAUCUUAAAGUCAGGCUAUAUUAGUGGUCGACACUAGGAAACGAAGCAAAAAACUUCUAUAAGGGUCAGAUCCAACAGAUGUGCCUAUUUCGUUGAAUCCCUGAAGGAAUGUGAUUGACAUUUACGGUUUAACGGAAACUGAAGAAACCUGUGAUAAUUUUUAAUAACUUUAUUUUCAUUAAACAAACGAUUAGUAACCAUAA